ACGUCUGAAGGUGCUGUCAGUUUGAACAUAACCUACAUGUGAUUGUUUAUUUUUAUUUACAAUAAACAGUGAAUCAAACAGUUGGAAAUCUGUAUUUCCUUGAAUAAUACAGUUUGUUGCUUAAAGAAUUGUAAAAAUGGUGUCCAUUUUAAAUACUGUCGAUACCGGACAUGAAGAUAUGAUCCACGAUGCUGAAAUGGAUUAUUAUGGACUUCGACUUGCAACUUGCUCAAGUGAUAAUUCCGUUAAAAUAUUUGACCUUAAAAAUGGUUCUCAAAGUUUAGCUGCAGAUUUAAAAGGACACGUGGGCCCUGUCUGGCAAGUAGCUUGGGCACAUCCUAAGUUUGGAAACAUUUUAGCAUCUUGCAGUUACGAUAGAAAAGUAAUUAUAUGGAAGGAGCUCGGUGAGUGGACAAAAAUCUACGAACAUACAAGUCAUGAUUCGUCUGUAAAUUCAAUAGCUUGGGCACCACAUGAAUUCGGACUAAUCCUUGCAUGUGGCAGCUCAGAUGGGUCUAUUUCUAUUUUGACAAAUAACGGUGACACUUGGGACACCCAAAAAUUAGCAAAUGCUCAUACAAUUGGUUGCAAUGCUGUCAGUUGGUGUCCAGCAAUUGAACCUGCAUUUGAUGCUACAACUGUUCAUCAAAGAAAUCCCCUCGUUAAGAGACUUGCAACUGGUGGUUGCGAUAAUUUAGUAAAAAUCUGGAAAGAAGAAGGGGACAAGUGGGUCGAGGAGAAUAAAUUAGAAGCACACAGUGACUGGGUAAGAGACGUCGCAUGGGCACCAGCUGUAGGGCCAUCAAGAGCAGCUCUAGCUUCUUGUUCGCAGGAUCGUCGCGUUGUCGUUUGGACAUCAACUGAUUACGCUAGUUGGACACCUAAUGUCCUUAAUGUGUUCGACGACGUUAUUUGGAAUGUUAGCUGGUCUCUAACUGGAGGAAUUUUGGCAGUCAGUGGUGGUGACAACAAAGUUUCUCUAUGGAGAGAAAACUCCGAAGGACAAUGGGCCUGCAUUUCUGAAUUAAAUAAAGGUCAAGGCAAUCUCAACAAUUCUGAUCAGCGCGUUCUUUGAAUAAUUUAAAUUUAGUUUCCAAGAUUAUAUAAGCAACGGAGAAUUCUAAGAAUACUUUAUAAUAAUAUUUUAAUUUUUCAAAGAGUUUAUAGUUAUUUAUGUCAUGAUUUUGUAAUUAAAAUUUUUGUGAGAUGAGGUUAAAAGGCGUAAAUAAAAAUACUGAUUAAUUAUGUGAAAAA